UUGCAGCUUGAUCAUUUUCUUGACAAAAAUCUCAAGGGUUUGAAGACGAAAUUUGAAAAAAAUAAGGUUAGUACGGGAUCAAAUGACAUAAAGGUGUUAUAAAAGAACAGAUUUCCUCGCCGCUCUCCCGGCCCGGCCCCUUUCCACACAACUGGACUUUAGGAUUUUGUACUCUCACGCCUAGCCCUUUUUUUUUUUUUGUUUUUUUUUUUUAACUGAUAGGCCAAAACGUAACGCAAGAGUACGGGAGGAGAGAAUAAAGGCACUCUUAGUCUACGAGCCCAAAUCUCUCUAUACCCUUAACACAAAUGACUGCUCAGUAGAAUCAUUAGACCAUCGUUCUGCAAACCCUUCCUAGUCAGAUGAUAACUUCGUCGUACACGUGGUUUACUCCUUUCUAUUUACUCCUUUAGUUUCAUGCCAAUUAAACUAAGGUGUGGUACUUGCGUGUUCCCUUCACAGGUUUAUAGUAUCAAGUCUUUACAAAUGAUUUCAGACGCACAGUUUGAAAGUAUGGGUCUAGCCAUUGGGCAGAUAGCAAUGUUGAAGGCGCUUCUUGUAGCUGAGGACAAACCGGUGGACGAGUCAAAAGGUAAAUCAACUUAAUAGGUAAAAUUGCCGACAAUCUGUAUUAGUUUUUGAAAAAAAUAUGAUACUUGUUUUGCGUUCUUUGUGUUCGCAAGCUUGAAAAUUAGGCCCUACAGGCUAGCUGCAUGAUUACAACUGCAGCGACAAAAACUUAUUUGUUUUGUUUGUUUGAGGGCACGUCAAUCUUAAGGAGUACAGAUAAAUAAUUAACACAACAACAUUGGAUUAGUUCAAUUUUUUGGCACUUACUUAAUUUAUUAAUAAAGUGCAUUUUCAAGGAUAUUAAUUAAAUAAUUUGGCAUCCAUCAUUCUUCUCUCCUAGUGCAAAAAGAGGAACGCAUUAAAACUUUGGUAGAGAAAAUAAGGAAAAGUGCCAAACAAGAAAAACCGCGAAAAUCCCGGCCAGGUCCCUCUCGAGUGCCUACAAAACAACAACCGAAUAAGCCUCGAAAGAUGUUCAUUGGUUGGCUUCACCGCUCAAGCAGCCAAUCCCGAUUCAAGCAAGUGAGAAUGAAAGACGGGGGAGGAAUUCGUGACUUCACAUACACCAAUGACGAUGAGAUCACUGUAGAUUUCCUUAAAGAGAAGGCCAGCAAACUAUUUUUUCCAGAAGGAGAUUCGAAGCUAGGUGCCCUACCUCGAAUGAAGCUUGAGUUGGGCAACUACGCGCAACAAAAAAUAACGGCUUUUAAGAACACAGAGGGGGAAGUAUGCACCUUUCAAGAAUAUCUCCGAUCACGGGGCCUGUUUGCCAGCCGCUGUUAUAUUUACCUGAUGUCCACAUCUACAGAAGAAGAGGACGGAAUAUCAGCGAGUGUCUCACAGAGACAAGAGGCCUGUAGCCAGCUGAAGUUGUCUGAGCAAGCUGAGAGCGUGCAAAGCGGUGUAUCUGACGUAUUCAUGGGGCUUGGACUUAACAGAGCACAACUAUCAGGAGAGUUGGGAAAACCGACAGGGAGUAGUUCAUCACGCAACGCUGGAGGCGAUAAAGAAAAGCAAAGGCCCCUUUAUGUGCUGAAGGAUGUGGCAAACAGUGUUCCCACCCAACAGGUUAUCAGCCAAAACGGACUGAUAGUUACUUACGAAUAUUGCACAGAAUCGUCCUUCAGUGACGUCAUGAUGAAAUCACUUUCAUUUUCAAUAGCAUCGUGCUAUGAACUCCGUUGCUUGAACGAACCUCAGACUCUAGACGAAGAGUUAGAAGCAUUUGACCCACUCGAAAAUGGUUUCACCAUCGCUGAUAUUUGUAAGGGAAAAGAAUAUUUUGUGGAAAAGUGCUACUUUUCCAAAUCAGAGGAUGUAGAAGACUUUAGGUAUGUCUUUCCUCGAACUUCCGACACCCAGUCCAGCAGCACCAUCCUCCAUCCUCCCUCCGAGGUCUGGGGAUACGACGGAAACCAAUUAAUUAUUGGAGUGAUAGCGUCCUGCCACCUCGGAACGAAUACAUGGUAUAUAUGGUAUCGUGAUGGCAAAAAGGUAAAAGAGGGCAACAACUGUUGUUGCCUUAUUAUAACAUCACCAGGAAGCUACCUCGUAGAGGUUCACUGUGGCGAAGAAAAGGCCACAUCAAAGCCAGUCGUGAUCUGUCCGGUUGACGAGUUGGAACCCCCAAGUAUCCCCGUCGCUGGCAUGGAGGCAAAAGAGAGCCAUUGUUUGAUGUCAGAAGAGGUACAUCCACCAGUUUCCGGCAAAGAUGGCCAUGGUCUUUUGCCAGUGGUUGAAAAGGACGAGGUGAUAUUGAAAGAUGAAAUUGGCAGAGGUUCCUUCGGUACAGUCUACAAAGGACUGUGGGCUGGAACUGAUGUCGUAGUAAAGCAUAUUAAGGUCAGAAAUGCAAAACGUCUCCAAGCAAGUGUGGAAUCUGAGAUAAAAGUGCACAGCCUUGUCCGCCAUCCAAACAUUGUGCAAAUUAUGGCAAUUUCAUUUUUGAAAAACGCCAUCUACCUUGUGUCAGAAUUGAUCAAAGGACCCAAUUUAGACGACCUUCUCUUCAGCAGCGAUGAUAAAAACGAUACCCAUUUCACCAUCCAACGUUGCAAUAAGUUGCACUUGGCAAAACAAAUCUGCCAGGCUGUUGCGUACUUACAUAAUUUGAAGCCCCCUGUGGUUCACAGAGACAUAAAACCCGCCAAUGUAUUAGUAGAUGAGGCAACACAGGUCACGAAACUCUGUGAUAUGGGACUGAGCAAAUUGAAAUCUGCUCAAUCCGUUAGUCAUACAACCAGCACGGGCAUACCUGGCACUCCUUCCUACAUGGCUCCAGAGUGCCUGCUGGAGAGAAAGAAGGCCACUGUUAACUCCGAUGUAUGGUCCUUGGCAGUUACAUUAAUAGAGCUGUUCACAGAAACGGACUGCUGGGGAGAGCAACUUCAAGAUAACGGUGCGCAGCGGGAGUCUCACGAAGAGGACGAGAGUGCUGUGGACUCACUUUUGGCCCUCAUGAAGAAGAAAGAGAGCCCUCGCUCAUUAGGAUUACUUUCAACCACCGUCGGUAAUUCGUUUCAGGGUAUA